UCUCUAAAGCAGACGGAGAGGAACGACCAUGUCUCACUCCUCUCCAACUGUCAUCCAGUGUCCGUAAAAUGACAGCGGGAGUGUGACCCCGCUUCUCUUUCACCCCCCGUUUACUCACUUAGUGAGGACAACUGUGACUUUAAAGCACCUUCAGCCCGCUGUUGCUGUGUCUCCCUCCCGCAUCCAGGUCUGUUCUCUCCUCGCCGCUAUUAGACUGUCAUGAGCUCAGUUUGGGGAUGGCGUCCUUUCCAGGUUACGGUAAGACGGCGGUGCCAGCGGAGGAGGAGAACGGCGAGUUGGACCAGUCUCUGCAGCACAUGCUAAAGGCCAUCGCCGACGAGAGGAGCCGCCUGAACAGCCGGCAAGAGAUGAGCGGACUGGGAUGCUUUAAGGAUGACAGGAUUGUGUUCUGGACGUGGAUGUUCUCUACAUACUUUAUGGAGAAAUGGGCUCCACGACAGGAUGACAUGCUGUUCUAUGUGCGACGGAAGCUCUCUUACGUCAGUGCAGACAACACAGAAGGAAAAAAGGUGGAGGUUGAGGUAUACAGAAGGGACUCCAAAAAGCUGCCUGGUCUGGGGGAUCCUGACAUAGACUGGGAAGAGAGUGUCUACCUGAACCUCAUCUUACAAAAGCUGGACUAUGUGGUCACAUGUGCUGUCUGCACACGCUCAGAUGCAGGAGACAUCCAUAUCCAUAAGAAGAAGUCUCAGCAAGUGUUCGCCUCUCCCAGCAAACACCCCAUGGACAGUAAGGGAGAAGAGUCCAAGAUGAGCUACCCAAAUAUCUUCUUCAUGAUUGACAACUUUGAGGAGGUGUUCAGUGAUAUGACUGUUGGAGAAGGAGAGAUGGUCUGUGUGGAGUUGGUGGCCAGUGACAAGAGCACUACCUUCCAGGGAGUCAUCUUCCAGGGUUCCAUACGUUAUGAGGCCCUCAAGAAGGUCUAUGACAACCGGGUGAGUGUGGCUGCUAAAAUGGCCCAGCGCAUGUCCUUUGGCUUCUACAAAUACAACAACAUGGAGUUUGUGCGUAUGAAGGGUCCGCAGGGGAAGGGCCAUGCUGAGAUGGCAGUUAGCCGAGUGCCCACGGGGGACACUUCUCCCUGCGGCACUGAGGAGGACCAGGACUCACCUAUGCACGAGAGGGUCACAUCGUUCAGCACCCCUCCCACACCAGAGAGAAACAGGCCCUCCUUCUUCUCCCCUUCUCUGCGCCGAAAAGUGCCCCGAAACCGCAUCGCCGAGAUGAAGAAAUCCCAUUCAGCCAACGACAGUGAGGAGUUCUUCAGGGAAGAGGAUGAUGAAGACCUGUGCAACACCACAAACCUGCGCUCGCGCUCUCUGUCGGGGACGGGCCGCUCGCUAGUGGGCUCAUGGCUGAAGCUGAACAGGACAGAGGAGUACUUCCUGCUGUACUCCCACCUCACCUACGUCACACUUCCCCUGCACCGUAUAACCACAGAUAUUCUGGAAGUGAGACAAAAGCCCAUUCUGAUGACAUAGCAGUUCCUGACUUCCCUCGAACACACGACUAAGUGCCUCUCCACAUCAGGCCCCCGAGACGACACCGCCAUCUAGCGUCCAGACAGAGAACCAAAAAAACCAACACUGAAAGGAGAAGAGAACAAAUGUUGAGACCUAAAGGACUUAUAAAAAUAAACCAGCCAAUCAAGAAGUGCCUCUUCCACCUGUUCUUCUGUGUGCUCUGCCAGAGUCACUGUCUCUAUGUGGGCACCAGAGCGAAAGAGCCUGGACAGCAGAACACCUCCUGAGACUCGUCGUCCAUUAGAUUGGCUCAGGUCUGGAACAAAAGCAGUUACUGGCCGACGUCCUGCCUGCGAGCAAAAGGGAAAUGUGUAAAAGAGUUGAAAAAAAAAGAAAAGAAAACGCUAAAGAAUGUCUUUGUUCCUUGUAAAUACACUGCUGCUUAGAAACUCAGUGAAUUAUACCAACCACGACCCUCUCCUCAGCCUUGUGUGGAAAAGAAAAAGAGAAAAAAAGGCUCUCCCGGGUCUUUCAAUGUCGUUUAUUUGUGCAUAGUGCAUUUUUUUCCAAAGGUAACCUCCUCCCAUCCCUAGGCCUUAACACCUCCUAACCAGCUAAUAUGACACAUAGACUCCCUUUUAUGGCCUACGUAUCACUUAGACUUCUCACAAAAGUCUGUAUUUGGAAAUGCUGGAUGUGUCUUGAGUUAAAAACACAAGCUGCACAAGUAGGAUUUCUCUUCUUUUGCUAAAAAUAAGAUGUGACGAUAUCUUUGUUCAUUAGUAUGUUUGGAGAUAUUUGUAACCUUUGUGAUCUUUAUAACUGAUGUCGGUAGAAUGAGUGAAAGAACGACAGCAAAUUUGCCAAAAGGCCUUGAAAGUGUGUGUUUUUUUUUUUUUUUUUUUUUUUUUUGUUUUUAUUCUUCCUAGAGGACCACUCCAUAGAUUUGUGUUAUGACCAGAGCACAGUGCUUGGCAUCCACACUAUUGCAGUUAUAUACAGCUAUAUGUGCACAAAAACACUACUACACUGUAGUAACUGUUCACUGGAUGACAUUUAACCGGUUCACUCUUGUCCCUGUUUUGUUCUAGCCCAUAAUCUUUAGGCUUUAGCGAUUUAAUCACAAGCCAAACCUCGAAAAACGAACACGGAGCCAUUCAGUUUCUCCAGCUUUUGUCUUGUGAAGUGUUUGAGUGUGGGUCUGGUGGCUGUUGUCUUUCGACACUCUUUUUUUGUUUUUUCUGUUCGUUCGAUUGGCUUUGAAAAUCACUUGCGCUAAAGGCUUAGCGAAGAUCGCGUGAGGUGAGCAGCGACCCAGACUGUCAGUAUUACGUUGGAUUUUGUGAGCUGAAUGUAUUCCUAGUGUAAAAAUAGCUUACGAGUGCUUCAAUAACCAUUUGAUAUUCGAAAGGCAACAUGAUUUGUCAGCAGCAUUUUGAAAAAUGUUUUUUAAAAAACAUUUUGAAACUCGAUUUAUUUGUAUUUAUUUAUUUUAAUUUUCUUCCUGUAGGCUAUAGAAAGCCCAUUUCAAAGCCAAAAGAAGGCUGUUUUGAAGGAGGUCUUGUGGUUACAUACACUUCUUUAAAUGCUUUAACUGCGCUUUUGUAUUCAGUUACAAAAUGUAAAUGUGCAUGUUUAGCCAAUAUUUAUGUUACACAGUUAAUAAAUGUACAUUUUCUGUACCUCUUUAUGAAAAUACAGAUUGCAAAAAAACUUUC